GAAUCUUUCUUAACAUACACGGCUGCUGGUUUUCGCCAUGGUCGCUUUCCUUUUUGGAUCGCAUUCGUAUUUCUGAGAUCUCCCUCGCGCGCGCCUGUAUUUCUCAAUCACUUCUAAGACUUUUAUCUUAAAAGUCCCUACCAAUCGCAAAUCAAAUUCACCGAGAAGCUGGAAUUUCGAGCCGUCGUUGAUUCCUGAGAAUUUCCAAUAUUCUCUACUGGAGCUGGGAAAACAAUGACAGCAAUUGCAGUUCACGGGUUCGCUCAGUGCAUCACUUGCCAUGCUUGGAGUCCUGAUCACUCUAUGGUUGCAUUUUGUCCCAACAACAAUGAAGUUCACAUUUAUAAAUCAGUACAAGACAACUGGGAGAGAAUACAUGUUCUUCAAAAGCACGAUCAAAUUAUCUCUGGGAUAGACUGGAGUGUGAAGUCAAACAGAAUUGUGACUGCAUCACAUGAUCGAAAUUCAUAUGUUUGGAACCUUGAAGGAUCAGAAUGGGUACCAACUCUUGUCAUUCUUAGACUAAACCGUGCUGCACUUUGUGUUCAGUGGAGUCCAAAAGAAAACAAGUUUGCUGUUGGAAGUGGGGCAAAAACUGUUUGCAUAUGCUACUAUGAACAAGAGAACAAUUGGUGGGUCAGUAAACUUCUCAGGAAAAGGCAUGAUUCUUCUGUGACAAAUGUCGCUUGGCAUCCCAAUAAUCUUCUUCUUGCAACAACCUCAACGGAUGGAAAAUGUCGAAUAUUUUCCACCUUCAUUAAAGGUGUUGACACAAAGGAUUCAAAAGCCGGCGCAUUUUCAGAUUCAAAAUUCGGAGAGUUAAUUGUUCAGCUCGAUCUCUCAUUCUCUUGGGCAUUUGGCGUGAAGUGGUCACCAAGUGGCAAAACCUUAGCUUAUGCAGGUCACAAUUCGAUGAUUUACUUUGUUGAUGAAAUUGGUCCUUCCCCUCUAGCCCAGAAUGUUGCACUUCGAGAUUUGCCUCUUCGUGAUAUACUAUUUGUUAGUGAGAGAAUGGUUAUAGGUGUAGGAUUCGAUUGCAAUCCUAUGGUUUUUGCUGCUGAUGAAAGAGGGAUCUGGAGCUUUAUAAGAUUUCUUGGUGAAAGGAAAACAGCUUCAGCUUCAAAAUAUGGAUCCCAGUUUUCAGAAGCAUUUGGGAAGUUAUAUGGUCAACCGAGGCAAGGUGUUGACAAUGAAUCAGUUGAAUCUUCAAGAUUGCGCGGAAUUGUCCACGAGAAUUGCAUAAAUUGUAUUGUGCCUCUUAGAGAGCGAAGGGUUUCCACUAUAAAGAGAUUCAGCACUUCAGGCUUGGAUGGAAAAGUUGCUAUUUGGGACUUGGAGGGCCAGGCUGAUCUAUCUCAAUACUUGUGAACCUUGAUUCAGUAACUUUCUCACUACCAUGUAAAGAAUCUUGCUCUCGGCAGAGUCAACAUGCCUUGUAUAUCAUAGCAGCUGUGAGGAACUGAUUGCUUUUUCUUCUUGUAGCAGACAAGCGAGUUUGAUUUUGUGUAUGUAUGCAUUUUCAGCUAAAAUUUUGCUCUUAGAGAUUUCAUACACAUCAUUGGAGUUCAAUCCCUCUCAUUUAGGUCUCAAUUUAUGUUCAGACUAUUGGUUUUACAUCUUCUAUAAUGUUCUGUCUCUCGAAA